AUGCCUUUGGAAGCCCGCGUGAAAUCUGUCCUGUCGGGUGACACCGUCGUCCUGUCGCAUGUUACCAAUCCUGGCCAGGAACGUCUUUUGAGUCUUGCAUAUGUCUCAGCACCGAGGCUGCGUAGAGAGGGGGAUGAGCCCUACGCAUUCCAAUCCCGCGAAUUCCUUCGCGAACUCCUCGUCGGCAAGGUCAUCCAGUUCCAGACUCUCUACAGUAUCCCCACUACCAAGCGCGAAUAUGGUACAAUCAAACUGCCCAGUUUCGACGUGACAUUGCCCGAUAUCAGCGUCCAAGAAGGAUGGGUCCGCGUCCGUGAGGAAGCCGGCAAGCGCAGCGACGACACAGAAGAAACCGUGGCGAUGCUCGAGCGCCUCCGUGCAUUGGAAGACCACGCUAGAACUGAAGAAAAGGGCGUGUGGGCUGGAUCGGAAAGCGGCCGUAUCGACACUAGCUACGAGCUCGCAGAUGCCAAGUCCCUCGUGGAGGAAUGGAAGGAUAAACCACUAGAGGGUAUUGUGGAGAGGGUUCUGACUGGAGACCGUGUUGUUCUGCGCCUGCUUCUCUCCUCGGAUGAGCAUCUGCAGGUCAUCGUUGUAGUUGCGGGUGUUAGAGCACCUGCUACUAAGCGGGUUGGCGCAGAUGGCAAGGAACAGCCUGCCGAGCCUUACGGCGAGGAAGCGCACCAGUUUGUUGAAUCCCGACUUCUGCAGCGGAAAGUGCAGGUAUCGCUUUUGGGCGUCACUCCACAAGGUCAAUUGAUUGCGACCGUUCUCCACCCCAAUGGAAAUGUCGCCAAGUUCCUUCUGGAAGCUGGGCUUGCCCGUUGUCAUGAUCACCAUUCUCCUCUUCUUGGCGGCGAGAUGGCUGCCUUCCGCCGCGCAGAGAAAGCGGCCAAGGAUGCUCGCCAGGGCCUGUUCACCAGUCUUGUUGCUCCAAAGGGUCCUGCGGGCGGGGCCGUCGACCAGGAUUAUAUCGUCAUCCGCGUACUGAAUGCGGAUACCCUUUUCAUCAGGAACAAGGCAGGCCAGGAGAAGAAGAUUUCCCUGAGCAGUGUUCGUCAACCAAAGCCAUCUGAUCCUAAGCAGGCACCAUUUGCAGCUGAUGCUAAGGAGUUCCUACGCAAGAGAAUUAUCGGCAAGCAUGUCAAGGUUACUAUUAACGGCAAGAAGCCUGCUACUGAGGGAUACGAGGAAAGAGAGGUGGCUACCGUUGUGCAGGGAAACACUAACGUUGCGCUUGCUCUUGUACAAGCUGGUUAUGCUUCUGUUAUUCGUCAUCGUCAGGAUGAUGAUGACCGAUCCCCCGAAUAUGAUGAUUUGUUGGUUGCUGAAGCCGACGCCCAGAAGGAUGGCAAGGGAAUGUGGUCACCCAAGCCUCCCAAGGUCAAGCAGUACCAGGAUUACUCUGAGAGUCUUCAGAAGGCUAAGAUGGAAGUGUCUAUUCUGCAACGUCAAAAGCGUGUGCCUGCUAUUGUUGACUUUGUCAAGUCCGGGUCCCGCUUCACUGUUCUGGUUCCCCGUGAGAACGCCAAGUUGACCCUAGUUUUGUCUGGUAUUCGUGCUCCUCGAUCGGCACGUAACCCGGGCGAGGCCUCGGAGCCGUUUGGCCAGGAGGCUCACGACUUGGCGAACCGACGCUGUAUGCAACGCGAUGUUGAAAUCGAUGUCGAGACCAUCGACAAGGUGGGUGGUUUCAUCGGUACCCUGUAUGUGAACAAGGAGAACUUUACCAAGAUUCUGCUCGAGGAAGGCUUUGCUACUGUGCACGCUUAUUCAGCCGAGCAGUCGGGCCACGCAACGGAGUAUUUUGCGGCCGAACAACGCGCAAAGGAAGCCCGUAAAGGCCUCUGGCAUGAUUGGGAUCCUAGCAAGGAAGCGGAGGAGGAGGUGGCGGAGGAGGCUGCUAAUGGCAGUGCCGCUGAGACUGAGGCUGCUCCUCGCCGCAAGGACUACCGCGAUGUCAUGGUUACCUACGUCGACCCUAGCACCGCUCGCGUGAAGCUCCAGCAGAUCGGCACUGGUACCUCUGCUCUGACUGAACUGAUGAGUGCAUUCCGUGCAUUCCACCUCAACAAAGCAAACGAGACACCCCUCCCGGGCCCACCCAAGGCGGGUGAUUUCGUUGCCGCUAAGUUCACCGAAGACGGUGACUGGUACCGCGCUAAGGUGCGCCGCAACGACCGUGAGAAGCAGCAAGCAGAGGUUGUGUACAUCGACUUCGGCAACUCUGAGGUUCUGCCCUGGUCCCGUCUUCGACCUCUUUCUCAACCCCAGUUCUCCGUUCAGAAGCUCCGUCCCCAAGCCGCAGACGCCGUGCUUUCGUUCCUUCAGUUCCCUGUUUCUCCUGACUACCUCCAGGACGCUGUCAGCUUCCUCGAAGAACAGACCUACGGCCGGGAACUUGUUGCCAAUGUGGAUUUCAUCUCCUCUGAAGGAACAAUGCACGUUACCCUGCUCGACCCCUCAGAGUCCAAGAAUCUCGACCACAGCAUUAACGCUGAGGUGGUUCGCGAGGGUCUGGCCAUGGUCCCUCGCAAACUGAAAGCCUGGGAACGUGCCGCCGGCGAAACCCUUUCACAUCUCCGUACCCAGGAGGGCGAAGCUAAGCAAGAGCGACGUGGUAUGUGGGAGUAUGGCGACUUGACUGAGGAUUAA